UACAGACAAAUAUUAAGGGUAGGAUCAUGUUGCCGCCACCUUAACAGAUCACAGUGUUUACUGAGAAGAAAUGACGCCACCUCAACAUUACUACUGACCAGAUAUCUUUCUUCUGCCCCUAAGCGUGAUGAAAAAAGUAAAGGACCAAUCGAGAAGAUGACAGACGACAUGCUGGAAGAAAGAAUGAAAGACCUAAAGGGGAAGAACCCGGAGGAAUAUGAAAGGAUGCGAAAAUCUAUGUUGAUAUCAGCUAGAAAGGUAGAGAAGUUUCUAGGUAUGGGGGACCACGAGGAGGAAGCCAAGAAAGAAAGUGGUGGGAAGGGAGAAGCAGGACCAGAACCCAUGAAGAAACCCGCGAUGGACAUGACAUCGAUAGCAGUAGCUGUCGUGUUAGGAGGCAUGUUGACGAUGUACCUGAUGCCUGACCUUACCGACGAGAUAACAACAACUGAGUUCAUUAAUUCUUACGUCGCCUCCCGACAGGUGGUAGAUAUCGAGGUUUUCACAGCGCGCAACAGCAAAACAGCCUAUGCCAUGGCCCAAGUAAGAGACAAAGCCGAUAAGAUCCGGAUCAACGUAGGUCACACCUCCUCUCUGGACCGGCAGAUGGAGCAGGCUUUUAUAGAGUUCGGAUACCAGCCCCACGAGAGACCUCCCAUCCGAUACCGGGAUAAUAUCAGCUUAUCGAGUUUUGUAUACGAUUACGCAGGAACAUUCCUGCUUAUCGGAGCAACUAUUUGGCUGUUUAGGAGGUCCUCAAAAGCUAUGGGCGGCAUGUUUAAAGGUAUGGGAGGAAUGCCUGGAAUGCCCGGUCAAGGGAGUAGUAAGGGUCACAAGGUCUACGAGAAAGCAACAGCUCUCAAGGUACUCAUAUCUUUUAAUAUCUACUGA